AUGGUUCUGACGCGGAGUAUGGCGAAACCAGGUCCGAGGGCCAUGCAGAAACUCAAGCGCGUACUCAGGUACCUGAAAGGGACGAUAUCAAUCGGUGUACGCUACGGCGAGGAUGCCGAAGAUGGAAACGUCAUUACGGCGUUUGUCGACUCAGAUUUUGCAGGCGACCUAGACAAGGGCUACUCCACCACGGAAGUCGUCCUGUACUUCGCUAAUGGACCGGUGGAAUGGACAUCAUGCAAGCAAACGGUGGUGGCGACCUCUUCCGUUAAAGCAGAGUUCGUGGCUUUGUCGAAGGGGUGCAACAUCAUCAAGUACUUCCGCCACCUGCUGGACACCAUAAAUCAGACUCAGGAAGAAGCGACCGUGGUGUGGGAGGACCACUCGGGAGCUCUGAAAUGAACUCGCAGCUUCCGUAUCACCCCAAGGACUAAGCACAUUGACGCAAAGUUUCAUCACGUAAGGUCGCUGGUAGCUGAUGGAGUCGUAGUCUUGAAGCAAAUAUCGACGUCGCUUCAGAAAGCGGAUAUUUUUACAGAAGGGCUAAACCCGUCGGGGAUUCUCCGCGCCCGUGGCAUGCUGUUAGGAGUUUGAUCACCUCCCCUCUUCGUAAUCAGACUUUAUGUCUUGAGGGUUGGAUGGUGUGUGUGUGUGUAUAGGUUUAAAGAAUAUUCGGGAGAUUUGUGUUGAAGGAAAACACUCGCUGCUGAUGCAACGCAUCUGAGGAAGGCAGAACAAUUGAUAAUGAGUCAGAAGAUAACAUUGUUUCGAGAGGACAUGGAUAUUGUUUCUAGAGGACUGAGAACUGGAUCUGAUGCAUUGGUACUAGAAUGACGUAGUUCUUGAGAGGUCAUGUUGGAGUAAUCGCAGUACAAGAACGACUCUAAACAACAUAUUCGCCUGAUUGAGAGCGAAGUAUCUGAUUGAGAGCGAGAGCCAAAAAAAUUGAAAUUUCGGGUCCAGACGCCUCUUGCCAUUUCUUGGCAAGUAGGGGACGGGCUAUUCCAAGAAGCGGUGCAAAUUGAAGGUCUCAUCAGCAGCUUCGCGAGCAUAUGCGUGUCAUCGUCAUCGGAUGCUGCAGCGAGGAGCUAGACAAGUUGCUAGAUUUGCCCAGAUUGGCUAUUUCUGCUCAAACUGUUUCAGGGCGGUAUCGCGUCGGGCGGUGGGCUCUGCUGUAGCUUCUGCUCCCCGCUGUAGCUCCACAACGAGAGACUCCCACAGGAUGACCAGGGUAGCGGCUUGAAGCUACGGGCUAGCCCUUCAAUUCAAGCUACACAGCAAGCUCCACCUCUCAGUGGUAGUCCGGCUACAGCGUAUCGCGCAAUCUCGCUCUCAAUCAGAUGCUACGCUCUCAAUCAGGCGAAUAUGUUGUUUCUAUUCUAUUGCAUGGGUUCAUGCAGUAUUGUGAAGGCGUUGCCAAGUCUGUAACUCAGGUGAAGACAGCUUGGGCGUCUGUGUGAAUAAUAAUAUCACUCUGUGUGUUUCCCUACCUAACCUCGCAUCACGUGAUAGCUACUUUGUAGCCACAGCUGAAGGAAUAGCUGUACAGCGACUGCAGUGACAGUGCUGUUGCCUCAGCAAAGAGUACUCCCCCCUCCACCUUCGCGGCUUCCGUCCACUUGAACUUCGGUGCCGUGUCUUUUCGGUACCGGGAUUCCGAGACAACAUGGAUCGCCUUUCGUAGAUCCGUGGUCGGCCCCGAAUGCCUUCAGGUUGUCGAGCACACACUUCGGCCAGUUCUGUUCCUGUCCCCCCCUACGUCGCUUCUCCCCCCCUGCCAGUUCGCCGAGCAUCAGUCGUUUCGGUAGUCGCCCGUUCGGCUGCCUUGCCAAUGCUCCCGCGAACAGUAGGCGUCGUUACCGGAUCGUGGCUUCAACGCGCUGGCAUUCGACCCUCUUCAGCGUCUGGGCGUAAGAGAGCUGCCGGUAGGUGCCUUUCUUGCGCUUGUACCCGAUAUCUCGAAGGAGCCGUCGGUGGUGUAUCGACCGCAGCGUCUGAUAGUGGCCGCUGAGUGGUGACCAUGUCAUGCAGCCGUACAGCAGUGCCUCCAUCGCCUCCGCCUGGAGCAGGCGCAUCUCGAGUCGGAAUGGCGCUUGCGGUCUGUCGAAGAGCUCCCGGCCAUAUCAUCGCCUGAGGCACGCCCACGCUCCUCUGCUCCUGUAGUUGAUCUCCCGGGUGAGGUCGCCAUGUUCGUUGACGAGGCCACCGAGGUACCGGAACUCGGUCGUCUGGGCGUAUUUCUGUCCCGCGGCUUCGAUGGUCAGCGGUGGAGGCGGGGCGGGCUGUAAUGUUGUAGUCGGCUUGUCCUUUGCGCGCAUCAGGAGCGUCUCCGUCUUCUUCUCCGACACCGUUAG